AUGAACGGUGCUGCUCAACAAUCCACGCCACAGCCUCCAUCGUCGGCCGCAUCAAAGGAGGCGCUCCUGUCCACCGACCAGCAGGCCACCUUGCGCCAACAACUGUCUGCCUUCAACUACCUGCAGAAGAACAUGCCCAUCCCUCAGAACAUCCAGGAGUCUCUGUUCCAAUCGCAAAAGUCGACCACGGCAGACCCGUCGAAACCCGCUACCCCUGCUGCCCAGCCUUCAAGCAGAACCCACCGCUUCCAAUCCUUCAAGGACCCUCACGCCCUCGUUCCCACUUCCAUCUCGUACCUCGAUCACACCCGUCGCGACCAGCGCCACAUCAUCCCCAGCAUCAUGCCUUUGGGCAUUGACGUCGACAGAGCACGCGAAGAGAGGGAAGCUAUUCUGUACAACCGCAUCAUGGCACGCAAGAGUGAAUUGGACAAGCUUCCUGCCAACAUUGGCUCAUGGGACACAACGUCAUCCACAACCCCUGUCGAUAACGGCAAGCUGAAGCUCAAGGCUCUCAUCGAGCACAAGAUGCUCUCAUUACUGCCUAGACAGCGUCAAAUGAGAGCGCACGUCAGUCGCGAGAUGAUGCAGUCGGAUAACCUGGCCAUGACUGCAAACCGCGCUCUGUACCGCCGUGUCAAGAAGCAGUCCUUGCGCGAAGCCCGCAUCACUGAGAAGCUCGAGAAGCAACAGCAAGACGCACACGAGUCCAAGGAGAAGAAGAAGCACAACGAUUUCCUCCGUUCCGUGCUCUCUCAUGGCCACGAACUCAAGACCUCCGCUGCCAACCAGCGCACAAGAAUCCAGAAGCUGGGUCGUCUUAUGCAAACUACUCACUCCAAUAUCGAGAAGGAGGAGCAAAAGCGUAUCGAAAGAACAGCCAAGCAACGUCUGCAAGCUCUCAAGGCCAACGACGAAGAGACCUACCUCAAGCUGCUCGGACAGGCUAAGGACAGCCGUAUAUCUCAUUUGCUCAAGCAGACCGAUGGUUUCCUCGACCAGCUCGCCGCUUCCGUCAAGGAACAGCAACGUGGUGCCGCUCGCAGAUAUGGAAUCGUCGAAGAGGAAGAAGAGGAGGAGGUUGUCGUUGACGACGAAGAUGGCGAAGGUUCAUCGAAGAAGGUCGACUACUACGAAGUCGCCCACAAGAUCAAGGAGGAAGUCACAAAACAAGCCGACAUGCUCGUCGGUGGUACCCUCAAGGAGUACCAAGUCAAGGGUCUCCAGUGGAUGAUCUCAUUGUACAACAACAACCUCAACGGUAUCCUUGCCGACGAGAUGGGUCUCGGAAAGACUAUCCAGACCAUCAGUUUGAUCACCUACCUUAUCGAGAAGAAACGCCAACCAGGUCCUUACUUGGUCAUCGUACCCUUGAGUACAUUGACCAACUGGAACAACGAGUUUGACAAAUGGGCUCCCUCCAUUACAAAGAUCGUUUACAAGGGACCCCCCACCCAAAGAAAGACUCAUCAGAACCAGAUCAGAUAUGGCAAUUUCCAAGUUUUGCUUACUACCUAUGAGUUCAUCAUCAAGGACAGACCUGUACUCAGCAAGAUCAAGUGGCUUCACAUGAUUGUAGAUGAAGGUCACCGUAUGAAGAACGCCAACUCGAAGCUGAGCAGUACCAUCACUCAGUACUACACGACGCGUUACCGUCUGAUUCUGACCGGUACACCUCUUCAGAACAGUCUGCCAGAACUUUGGGCUUUGCUCAACUUCGUUCUCCCUACCAUCUUCAAAUCUGUCAAGUCGUUCGAUGAAUGGUUCAACACUCCCUUUGCCAACACAGGUGGACAAGACAAAAUGGAGUUGUCGGAAGAGGAGCAGUUGCUCGUCAUCCGUCGUCUCCAUAAGGUUCUUCGACCUUUCCUGCUGCGUCGUCUGAAGAAGGACGUCGAGAAAGACUUGCCUGAUAAGCAGGAGCGUGUCAUCAAGUGCAAUUUCUCUGCCCUUCAAGCCAAGUUGUACAAGCAGCUUGUCAGCCACAACAGACUCAUGGUCAGUGACGGCAAGGGUGGCAAGACCGGUCUGCGUGGUCUGAGCAACAUGCUCAUGCAACUGAGAAAACUCUGCAACCAUCCGUUCGUCUUUGAAGAAGUUGAGGAUCAGAUCAACCCCGGCAGAGGAACCAACGAUACCUUGUGGCGUACAGCCGGAAAGUUUGAGCUUCUGGACAGAAUUUUGCCAAAGUUCGAGAGAUCUGGUCACCGUGUUUUGAUGUUCUUCCAAAUGACCCAAAUCAUGAACAUCAUGGAGGAUUUCUUGCGACUUCGCGGUCUCAAGUACUUGCGCUUGGACGGUUCGACAAAGGCUGAUGACCGUAGUGAGCUCCUCAGAAUCUUCAACGCACCCAACUCGCCCUACUUUUGUUUCUUGCUGUCGACCCGCGCUGGUGGUCUCGGUUUGAAUUUGCAGACUGCUGAUACUGUCAUUAUCUACGACUCGGAUUGGAAUCCUCAUCAGGAUCUUCAGGCACAGGAUCGUGCUCAUCGUAUCGGUCAGAAGAAUGAGGUGCGCAUCCUGCGUCUCAUCAGUUCCAACUCUGUGGAGGAAAAGAUUCUCGAACGUGCCAACUACAAGCUUAGUAUGGAUGGCAAAGUCAUUCAGGCUGGUAAAUUCGAUAACAGAUCGACCAACGAGGAGCGUGAUGAGAUGCUUCGCGUCAUGCUGGAGUCUGCCGAUGCAGCCGAAGCCUUUGAGCAAGAGGAAAUGGAUGACGACGAUUUGAAUGUGAUCAUGAUGCGUUCUGACGACGAGUUGACGCUCUUCCAGCAGAUGGAUCGUGAUCGUAAGAGAGAUCAGGAGUAUGGGCCCGGAAGACAAUACCCUCGUCUCAUGUGCGAGCAAGAGCUUCCGGAUAUUUAUGUGAACGAGGACAACCCGAUCGAGGAGAUUGUCGAGGUCGCCAUGGGACGUGGCAAUCGUGAGCGUGCCAAGGUCAAGUACGAUGAUGGUCUCACUGAAGAGCAAUGGCUUGAAGCUGUCGACAAUAGCGAGGACGACAUCGAAUCGGCUGUUGCCCGUAAGCAAGCGCGUAUCAGUAGGCGUGCUGGCAACAAGGAGAAGAGGGACCAAGAGGGCGAGGAUACGCCUCCACCAGAGUCGCGUGCUAGCUCAGAGUCUCCUCAGCCCAAGAAGCGUGGUCGCAAGCCCAAGGCCGAGACCGUCCAAAAACGUAAGGCAGAGGAAGAAGUUGAAGCACCGCAGCCGAGAAAGCGUGGCCGUCAAGCCAAGGUGCCCGAUCUCUUGCCGCCGUCAGAACGCGAGCACUUGCAAUCAGUUCUCGACACAGUACACGACACACUCAUGGACUUGGAAGAGGUGUCUUCAGAUCCCGACCUGGCAAACAGGGGAAUCAUUGAUCCUUUCAUCGAGCUGCCCCCUCAGAAGCAUUACCCCGAUUAUUACCAACUCAUCCGCACACCCAUCUGUAUGGAACAGAUCCAGAAAAAGAUCAACAAGAAGCAAUACCAAAACUUGCGCCAGUUCAGACAGGAUAUUAAACAAUUGUGCGACAACUGCAGGAGCUACAACGAGGAUGGCAGCGUCUUGUACCAAGACGCGAAUCUGAUCGAGGAAACUGCUGUCAAGAAGCUCGCCGAAGAGACUGCCAAGUACCCCGAGUUUGCCGACUGGGAGACCGAGACAGGCAACACACGUCCUGUGUCCACGGCUGGUACACCUCAGCCACGUGUCAAGCUAAGCCUCGGUGGUCGCAAGAGCCGUGGAGGCACAGAGUCCAUGGUCCAGAGCGAUGACGACGAGUAG